AUGAGACAUCUAGCACAGUUUAAAGCAUCCCGAGUAUUCACGACUGCAUCACAAACAAAACUGUUACUGCAAUCCGUAAACUCGACUAUUGAGAUAUCACUACCAAAAAGGAAUCAAUUCACACAGGAAGAAAUAGAGAUUGCGGCACAGUUAGACCCAACAGUAUUUAAUGUAAUGACACUUGUUAAUAAGUUAGCAUUUGGGCACCUUACACAAAAGCAUCCAAAUUGCCUGUUUAUCCAAUAUUUAAUGAGAGGCUUAGAGCAAGAGCCUACAGCUUUUAAAAGCUAUAUAAGUAAAGAAAUAGCAGUUGGUCUUGAGAAAAAAGAUACUAAGCCCCAAGCAUACCGUGUAAUUUCACAUUUAUCUUCUCUAUUUGGGGCGAGUGUAAAUGAUGGGAUAGAUAAGAUUAAAUUUGCGACAAAAUACAAAAAUAUAAACCAUGCAGUAGAAUGGAUAAUGCAGUAUGGGAGAGGUUGCAUGCUAUCAAAAGUGGAUAUUCAAGAUGCUUAUCGCAUAUUACCGAUACAUCCAGUAGACCAGAUCCUCCAAGAUGCUAUUGCAUGGAUCGCUGUCCAACAUGGAAUCAGAUCGAUAAUCCACUAUGUAGACGAUUUUUUAAUUAUCUUACAAGGCCUGGGAACAGCACUUAUGUUUUUAGGAAUAUAUAUCAAUACGAUAGCAUUGUCAGCAACAAUACCAGAAUUAAAAAAGGUAAAGAUCCUGCAAAUGCUAUCAGAAUGGAAUAAAAAGAAAUGGUGCUAUAAGAAAGAGCUACAGUCGCUAGUUGGUUCACUCAUGUGGCUGUGCCAAAUCAUACCCCAAGGCAGACCUUUUGUGCAAUGCUUUAUCAAGGCUUUAGAAGGUUCUAAUAACCCGAAGCAUCAUAUCAAAAUGACAAGUCAAACGAAAGCAAAUAUUAUAUGGUGGUUGAAAAUAUUGCCAGAAUGGUCUGGCGUGUAUUUCUUAGAAGACAGGGCAUGGCUGCGGCCCGAGGUUCAACACUUAUUCACAGACGCAUCUAACCUGGGCGGCGGGACAACUUACGACAUGUACUUCACCGCUUUUAACUGGUCGAGAGCGAUAAACAUCACCAAACACAAUAUCCAAAUACGCGAGCUUCUAACAACCCUUAUCGCGAUACUAACUUUUUCACCUUUAUGGAUACAAAAACGUUUUAUAAUUUGGAUGGAUAACUUGGCUAACGCAGAAGCGUUUUAUGCGGGAUAUUGUAAGAACCCUCUAUUAAACGACAUAAUUGCAGAUAUAUAUAUGGCUCAGGGAGUUUAUGACACGGAACCCCCAUGCACGCUACUUACAACCAGACCACGGUAUAAUAUAACACAACAAAGAGGAAGCAAACGACAACAACCAGCAUCGAGACAAACAAAUGAAUAUCCUAUGACCACGACAACACUAAAUGAGCAGGCGGAAAAAAUUUUAGGCAUACACCCUCCAAUGUAUAGAACAUAUGACGCAAUAAUAAAAAGGUAUCACAGAUUGGCAACAGAACAAGGAUGGACAAACAGCAAUGGAACAAUAUGGCCCAUAUCAAAAGAAAAUUUAAUAAAGUUUAUCGCUUACUUACACAAAAACAUGACACCACAAACCAUAACAUCCUAUUUAUCUGCACUUAAGCAUUAUCAUACCAUGAAUCAGAUCGAAUGGAACGAAGUUCGGUAUGACCCUUUAGUAAAGCAACUCUUGAAGACAAUAGAAGGCGGUCACAUGUUUCACCCGGUGCGCCAGAAAGAGCACAUUACAAGAACACAGUUACAAAGAAUGCGCAAUGGCUUAAACUUCGGCAACACAGAAGGUAUAUUGUUUUGGUCGAUAGCACUGGUAGCAUUUUAUGGCCUGGCCCGGUUAGGAGAGUUACUACCACAGUGUCAGCAAGGAAUGCAUAAAAUACUGAAGAUACAAAGCGUGAGAUUUGAUAAGGCCGGUAGUAAUACUUUCGCGACGAUACAGUUACCCAGAACAAAGACCCAUAAAACAACAGAACGUCCAAUCUUAAUUAUCAAUCCAACUAACGAUGAAUUAUGUCCAAUUCGCGCAUUAAAAGCCUAUAUAAUUCGCAGAACAGAACCAACGUACGCGCAAGGGAAGGACACUUUAUUCGUGAAAGCCAAUGGUGACCCAGCCACAAAGCAUUGGUUCAUAAACACACUUAAACUCCUCUUACCGGAAAUGGACGUAGCGGGAAGCUUCAGGGCAGGCGGCACAACAGAGUUGGUUUUACGCGGAGUACAACUGCCACUCAUUCAGAAGAUCGGCAGAUGGUCAUCCGACGCAUUCUACAGAUACAUUCGGGCCCACCCGGUAGAUCGUUCAUCAGAAUAA